AUGGAGAAGUCGAGACGAGAAAAGCGAAAAGAGGCUCGCUUGUCGAAGAAUGCAAGAAAUCAUGAGUCGUGGCUCCAACAUAAGAAAAUUCAAAAGGAUAAAGCUAUUUUUGUCAAGUCAAAAACUGUACAGAAAACAAAAGAUGAGCAUACAGCUGAGGAAACAGAAGUUAAAGCUAGAUCAGAGUCUCCGGAACAGAAGGAUCAUAAAGUAUCGAAGGCGGUUGAAGAAGAAAAGGGGUCGAAGAGAACCCCAAAAACGAAUUUUGAAAAGUAUCUUGACAUAGAUAGGAAUAGGGGGGAGGAGGAUUUGGAAUUAGAAAGGAAACUUGCUAAGAAACUCAAAGUGAAGGAUGGAAAAUUGAAGGGUGAGGAUUUUGGUCUUAAUGUGUUAUUUGAAGGGAUUUCAGCUGUUGAUUCCCUUGGGGAAAAAGAAGCUACAUAUGUUGAGACAUUACCUGCCAAACAAUCUAAGAGUAGCUCUUCAGGCAAGAAAUGUAAAAAGGAUAAGCCAUUGAAGGACAGGCUAGAAAAUGAGCUACCUAGUGACUUAAUGGUUGAAGUUCCUGAGGUGGCAGUAACUGAUGGUGUUGAGGUGGAAUCUGAAGAUGUUUCUUCCAAGAUAUCAUUGAGGAAGAAACAUAAGAAGAGAAAGUUGCUGGAGGGGACAGUAGAAGCCGGUGACAUGUCUUUUGAUGUAUCUAAGAAAAUGAAGUCAUGUGCUACAGAGAUGGCAUUAGAAAAGGCUCCUGUGAAGGCACCUGAAAAAUAUGUUGCUCCUCACUUAAGGUCUCGUGCAGGCAAUGAGCCAGAAGAGCAUAGUCAGAUCCGCAGACGAGUACGAGGUCUUCUGAAUAGGCUGUCUGAAUCUAACGUGGAAUCUAUUACAGGAGACCUGUCUGCUAUAUUCCGUUCCCUUCCUCGUGGCAUCGCAUCUCAGAUGUUCAGUGAGGAGCUUUUAGCAUCUUGUGCUGGCGGUCCUCGUGGAAAUGAACAAUAUGCUGCUGUUUUUGCCGCUCUUGUUGCAGGCAUGGCCUGUUCAGUAGGAAUUGACUUCGGUGCAAAGCUUAUGGCUUCACUUGCGAAAACUUUUGAGGAUGAAUACCACAAAGAAGACAAUAUUUCCUUGAGAAAUGUUACUCUUUUACUUUCUCAUUUAUGCAUAUUUGGAGUUUGCUCAAGUGAAUUGAUAUAUGACUUUCUGAUUGUUUUGAGCAAGCGGUUAACAGAGGUUGAUGUCUCUACAAUCUUGACAGUUUUACAAUGCUGUGGAAUGAAAAUAAGGGCUGAUGAUCCUCUUGCAAUGAAAAAUUUUAUUCAGAGUGUUCAGAAUAGAGUGAAUGAGCUAAAAGCCUCCUGUGGAGAUAACCAGGAUAAUACCAACAGCAAAAGAAUGGAAUUCAUGCUUGAAACUAUAUGUGACAUCAAGAACAACAAAAAAAGGUCUAAAGAAGAUAAUGCACAGCAUACCAGGAUAAAGAAAUGGCUACAAAAGUUGAGGGUAGAAGACAUUUUAAUAAGAGGGCUCAAAUGGAGCAAACUAGUUGAUUCUAAUAAGAAGGGCCAAUGGUGGUUAUCUGGGGAUAUGGCCUCAUCAACAGACAACGUUGAAGAGGUUGCCAACACAAUAGACAAAGAGGUUCUUGAAGCCCAGAAAAUGCUGCAGCUUGCUGCUGAACAGAGAAUGAACACUGAUGCCAGAAAGGCAAUCUUUUGUAUAAUUAUGAGUGGGGAGGAUUAUAUUGAUGCAUUUGAGAAGCUUCUAAGAUUGGAUUUGCAAGGAAAGCAGGACAGAGAGAUCAUGCGAGUAAUUGUGGAGUGCUGUUUGCAGGAGAAAGUGUUUAACAAGUAUUACACCACCCUGGCUUCCAAAUUCUGUGAGCAUGACAAAAAUCACAAGUUCACUUUACAGUUUUGCCUUUGGGACCAUUUCAAAGAUCUGGAGUCAAUGCAGCUUACUAGGUCAAUGCACCUAGCAAAGUUUGUAGCAGAGAUGGUAUCCUCUUUCACUCUCUCCCUUGCAGUGCUGAAGACAGUAGAUCUAGCCGACAUCAAGCAGCUAACAGCAAAAAGGAUAAUGCAUUUCCGGAUGCUUUUUGAGGCCAUCUUUGAGUAUCCUGAUAGCCUAAUUUGGAAUAUAUUCACGCGUGUAGCUGUUUCCCCAGAGCUUGAAAGUCUUCGACAUGGGAUUGAAUUUUUCGUCAAGUAUAUUGUGGAAACCAAUAAAGCCCUCAAGGAUAAGUUUAAGCUUGCAAAGAAAGCCCUGAACAAUGUUGAAGGAGUUCUCAUGUGA